AGAUUUUUUUGUACUGCAUGGACGAGUGAGCGGUGACCCUACCACCUCUCACAGUGCAUGGCACCAUAAGCCAGCGCACAUAACGCGCCAUGCCCUUCCCCAGUUCCCCUUCUUAUACCGUGCCCCCUCCACUUGAGCUUCCCCCCAAGCACACAAUUCGCCCGAAGUCCCAAGGCUUUUUUUACGUCCAAAUUAAAAAGAAGCCAUGUUCCGCCAUUCCUCCUCUGCCUCGUCGGCGGCCUCCUACGGCAGCGACGUCAGCUUCAUGAACCACUCGCCGGCGGCCGCCUUGCCCGCCGUCCCGACGCAGAUCCCUCGCGUCGCCGGCGGCUACCUCGACGGCAAUGUUAGCGGCGGGUUACCUCACUUCGGAGGGGCGGUGUCGUCGUCGUCGUCGUCGCCGCCGUCCUACUCCUCGUCGCUCCCUUCGUCCUACUACAACAACAUCCAGAGGAGCAUCAGCUCGCACUCCCUCCCGCAUCACCUCCAGCUCACCGACCACUUCGGCGGCGCAUUCUUCUCGUCGUCGUCCUCCUCCUCCCACCAGCUGCCUCUGCCGCCGCCGCUCUCCUCCUCGCCGUCCUCCUCCUCUGGCGACCUCUUCGAGUUCACCUCGCCAUGCCCCGUCCGCCGCGUCUUCAGCACCGGCGACCUCCAGGGGAUGAACGGAUCGUCGCCGCCGCGGCCGCUCCCGUCCGGCGAAAGCUGCGGGCAAGACGGCAGCGGGCCAUUCUCACAGAAGGUCGGGCGGUACAGUGCCGAGGAGAGGAAGGAGAGGAUCGAGAGGUAUCGCGUGAAGCGGCAUCAACGCAACUUCAACAAGAAGAUCACUUACGCGUGCAGGAAGACGCUGGCGGAUAGCCGGCCGAGGGUGAAAGGCCGGUUCGCGAGGAACGGCGAGGCCGACGCGGAGGGCGACGAGCGGGAGGCGUUCGACGCGAGCUACAGCUACGACUACUCCGCCGCGGGCUACAGCGACUACCGCAGCGGCAGCAACAGCAGCAGCGUCAACAGCUGCUACAAUUACAACCGCAAGGACGGCGCCGCGACGGAAGCGUCUGUCGUCGGCGGCAGCGACAAUGGCGAGUGGUGGUGGCGCGCGCCGGGCGCCACCACCGCCGAGGCGGAGCGGCAGCGGCAGGCCGGCUUCGACGUCGACGAGGAGAUAUGGGCCACCCUCGGCGACAUGCUGUCCGUGAACCUCGCCUCGUAGUACGCUGUCGCCGCCGAUCAGGGGAGCGAACGAUCGAGCUGGAGAUCUACCGGCGCGUAGGCCGGCGUCGUUGUUGGUGGUCGGUGGGGUCCGGUGUUCGAGCACGAGCACGCACUAGCUAGCUCAGGGUGGCGGGCGCGCGCGGGCGGGCGACCGGUGCGCAGCGUAGUGGUGCGCCAGCGCCAGUGUGCAGCGCGCGAGAGGAGGAGGUCAGGUCAGGUCAGAGUGGCGUCGUUGACCUUCCCUUGUGUGUAGUAUUAUUGUAACUUUCGCCAGAAACAUCAUGAAAGCUGGGAAACGAAAAAAAAGAAAAAAAGAGGGACAAAAAGAAACCUUCUCUCGUGACCGGACACUGAGAAAGAUCGAACAACUUGUGCUGCUACCACUACUACUGCUCCGUGAUUUCCCAGUUACUUCCACAAA